ACAGACUUGCUGUAUCAACAGCUCCCCCUUUUCUGCUGUUGUGGCCAGAAAUAAACCAUAAAUACCCCCCUGUCACUGCCUUCCAAUGGCUCAACCCCACCAAACACCAAGUGGCAUUGAAUAAGAGGGACAGCACCACUUCUUAGCAGGCAUACACAGUGGAGGCGCGAUUGGAAGAAUGUCAGAACAGCAGAGUGCCCCAGAGCAGCUGGCUGCAGGGAAGAGCCAGGGUGGAGCAGCAGCCACAUACAAGGUGGUGCUGUUUGAAUUUGAGAACUUCCAGGGAAGCAAGGCCGAGUUCUCAGCAGAGUGUAAAGAUGUACUCGAGAAGGGCCUCCAGAAGGUCGGCUCAGUGAUAGUUGAAUCUGGGCCAUGGGUGGGUUAUGAUCGGCAUGGCUUCACAGGGGAGCAGUUUAUUCUGGAGAAAGGCCAGUACCCACGUUGGGACACAUGGACCAACAGUCAGAAUAGCUACUCCCUCUUGUCUAUAAGGCCACUCAAAGUGGAUGGGGCUGACCACAAGCUACACUUGUUUGAGAACCCUGGAUUUACGGGUAGAAAGAUGGAGAUUAUUGAUGAUGACGUCCCCAGUUUGUGGGGCCACGGUUUUCAAGAUCGCGUAGCAAGCGUCAAAGCUCUCAAUGGAACAUGGGUGGGCUACAUGUACCCAGGCUACAGGGGGCGCCAGUUUAUCUUUGAACUAGGGGAUUUCAAGCACUGGAAUGACUGGGAGGCCCCUGAACCCCAGAUCCAGUCUGUCCGACGUGUGCGGGACAUGCAGUGGCACAAGAGGGGCUGUUUCUCUGCUCCAGACCCGGCUCCAGCUCCCGGUCCGGACCCAGAUCCUGCUCCGGCACCUCCUGCCCCGGCACCCCCUGCUCCAUCUGCCAAAGGUGGGGCCAGCUGAGCGGGAUCCUAACCUGCUUCCCACCCAGACUCUCCCAAGCUCCACAUAGAGCCUGUCCUCUGCCUUCACUAACCACGACAAAUGCUGAUUACCCCCACAGAGGAGUGCCAUAUAUGUUUAAGUGGCCAAUAAAAGUUAUUUGACUUGGAAUUGGUGGUUGUUAAAUGCUCUUGUACUUAGUCAAAGAGUAGGUGAUGUAAACAUUGUAGACAAUCCCACGGGAAGAACUAGAAGGUAAAGAUCUUACUGUAUGUGAAAUUAUUUCAGUCUUCCACUUUUGCAUAGCAUAAAGAGAGGCCACAAUGUACUGUAUUCUGUUAAUAUGUGAUUAGCAUUGUCAACAGCAUGGAAACGGUAUCAAACAGUAUGUAAGCUUGCUAUUAAAACAUGGUGCGCCACA